UCCGCGACGAAAUCAGUCACGAGUGAGACGCGAAAGUAUAUACACGAGAAAUAUAAACACUGUCUUGUACGUACACGAUAACGACUGUUUCAAAUUCUUAUUACUAGUGGUCUUUAUUUAUCGUGUCUACAUUUUCAAGAUUUAAUAGUUAAAAAUAUAUAAAGACUUAUUAGCAAUACUGUGAACGAAAAUUCAAUCAGCAUAAUAAAUGUGUAUGUAAGAGUUAUACGCAAAUUUAAUCAUCGACACUAGCAUUUAACGUUACACCAGCUCUGUGAAGAAGAGAUAUAUUUAUUGGAAUAAAAAAAGAUGGCUAGUUUUAAAAUUUCCGCACCGGGCAGAAUCGUCUUAUCCGGAGAACACUCAGUGAGCUAUGGAAAAAAUUUUGUUACGGCUAGUUUAGAUCUUCGUACCAACCUCGAAUUCUGCGAACUACCUGUGUUAGGAUUGAUUAAGAUAGAUUUUCCACGUGUUCAUCUACAGAAGAGUAUACUUCACAGAAUUGUCGCAGACUAUUUUUCUGAUGAAAAAGUCUCAAAAAUUCGAUUACAGCGAAGCAAUUUACCCAGAUACGUGAAUCAGUUUAUCGACAUGAACCAUUUGUGCGACACACGCGAGCAGAGAUUUAGCUUACAAAUGUUCUUCUACUUAUUUUGUAUGAUUAAAAAUCUCGCGAUAAAACCUUUUUACCUUCGCGUGUUUACGAAUUUACCCAGUAGCCCUGGUCUUGGCAGUUCGACAUCAUUCGCGGUUUGUCUGGCAGCAUGUUUUCUUCAUUGGAAGCGUCUACAGAAGGGUGGUGGUCAGUCUAAUGAAUUUAAUAAAGAUGAAAUAAGGAUAAUUAAAACUUACGCUAGAUCCUGCGAAGAGAUUAUCCAACAGAAUACAUUCGCGUUCCUCGAUGUUGAAAUUUGUGUACGCGGUGGAAUACAAAAAUUGCGACAUCACAGUUAUAUCCAAUAUUCUAGGAAUACCAUCGAUUUCGUAUCAGGACUAAAGCUUUUAUUGAUUGAUUCAACUGUUCGCCAAAAGAGGGAAGAACGAGCGCAACAAAUGGUUGAUCUGCGAUGUAGAAAUCUGCACGGUUUCUUUUCUUUAUUAGAUGUAUUAGACGUAUUCGCAAGAAAUAUAUGGUAUAAGCUUAAGUUAUUGAAAAGUAAGAAAUAUAAUAAUCCCGUAGACAGUUCACCUAGACAGGAUCUUUACUGUCAGAUAGAGAACGAGAUUAGGAGAAAUCAACUAUUAUUGAAAUAUAAUAAUUUGUCGGAUCCGAAAGUUGAUGAAGUUUGUUCGUUUGCAAAAAAUUUUAAAUUGAACGGAAAGCUUACAGGUUUUCAAGGCGGAUAUGUAUACAUUCUGCUACCUCCAAUGCUUACAGAUGAAAAAAUCGAAUAUAUUAAGGCACAAUUCUUAGAACAAUAUCCCAAUUGCGUAUCUACCACCUUUGAUUAUGAUGGAGUGAGAAUUGAUCAGUAAUUCUAUUCUAAAAACAUAGCGACGUUAUAUAUAUAAAUGAUUAAAUAAUGACUCACUAAACAUAAAAACUAGGACAAAAUUUUUAA